AUGACCUGGCAGAAGCGUUGGCUCCUUUUGUGUCUUUGUUGGCAGUUGCUAGGUUGCAAGGCGUUUAGGUUUUUAGUAGCCAUGAGUGAGCGCUUGUCGAUGGCCGGAAACGCACAGAGUGCUCCCUCCCAGGAACUGAUCCAGUUUCUCAAAGAAAAGAAAUUGGAGAAGUACGCUGCCAGCAUUUGCAUUGACCAGAGCAUUUGCGAAAGUCAUGCGAGCGGAUGCAGUCAGUUGACUGCCUUGCUUGAUAUGGACUUUGUAAGUGUUGCAAAACUGUCCAAGCGUUGCGGCAUUUCGGUUGAUGACCAAAGACAACUUUGGGAGCUUGUCAGACAGCGAAGGCAACCUCCUUCCAUUGGAGCUAAACUCGCGCAAGAACUGUUGUCCACUGCAGAGGAAAAGGAGGGCUUUACAUUGGUUUCCUUACCCUUUGAAGAGAAAGAACACUGUCUGCAUUUCAAUUGCCAAGAGAUGACUGGUGGCGUGUAUCCGUGGAGCUUGCGGGCUUUCAAUGCACAGAUUCCAAGCCAAUACCAGGAUGAAGAUGCAAGCACACAUAUUCGACUAUUGGUAGUGGGACAGACAAGUGCCGGCAAUGCGGCCCAGAUUAACGGCAUCCUGAACUAUUUCCUUGGCAUGGAAUGGCAUGACUGCAUCCGCUUCCAAGUUGGGAGGCAAGAAGCAGGAGUCGCAGACACAGUCGACGUGUUCAUGCUUCCUGCCAUUAAAGGAGCACCAGUGAAAUGCAAGUUGACUCUCAUUCAGGCCCCUGCUUUGGGGGAGAGUCACGGUUUGCCCUUUGAUUCUGCCGUCCUGGACAAAAUCAAAGGCUUCUUUCGGGAGUUUCCACAAUAUGUUGAGUCGCUAUCUGGUCUAUGCUGUGUGCCAAGUGAUUCCGCAGAUUUGUUGGACAUUUGGUGUCCCAUUCUGGGCCUGUUCGGGAAUGAUACUCAGCUGUCAUUCAUGCUUGAGAACACUCAAGAGACAGCGGUAGGCUAUCCAAGAGGUGCAACGAUCUUUAACGACAUGUCUUCCCUCACCGAGCCCAGGGACCAAAAUUACGCCGGGCAGCGGUGCUGGAUAGAAGAUCGGAAAAGCAUGGAGACGCUCUUCCAAUCUCUUGUUGCCUUUGACCCAGUUCUUCCAAACCCAAUCAACGAGAUCAUGGAGCGGCGAGAGCAGUUGGAAGGCACGUUGGAAGAGUUGGGUCAGCGCAUCAAAGUGCUUCAGGAGCGCACGAGCAGGAUUCAAAACUGGGAUGGAGAAACAGAGGGUGACCACGAGACAACACUGGACGGUUUGCAGGUUGAUGUAAGCACAGAGUGCCUUGCUGUUUUGAAUCUUCAAGAACAGGUCAGGAUUUGCAACAAUCGCCUUGAAGAUAUUGCUAUGUAUCCCAGCGCCAUGCCUCGGGAAGACUAUCUUGAGAAGGUGAUUCAGCAUAUGAACCCAGGCCUUGAAUGCCAGGACAAGGUUGACUCCCUGGAAAAACUGAAGAGAACGAUCGAAUUGCUACGAGAUGCAGCGAUGCCUGACUAUUUGUCGAUCUUGUUGAAAGACUUUAACCAGCAAGAUACUGUUAGAGCUCACCGGAACAGGCGUUUCUUCUACUCGUACUGA